AUGCGUGAGAUCGUUCACCUCCAGACCGGCCAGUGUGGUAACCAAAUUGGUGCCGCUUUCUGGCAAACCAUCUCUGGUGAGCACGGCCUUGACGGUGCUGGUGUUUACAAUGGCACCUCCGACCUCCAGUUGGAGCGUAUGAACGUCUACUUCAACGAGGCUAGCGGACACAAGUAUGUUCCCCGUGCCGUUCUGGUCGACCUUGAGCCCGGUACCAUGGACGCUGUCCGUUCCGGUCCUUUCGGCCAGCUCUUCCGCCCCGACAACUUCGUCUUCGGCCAGUCUGGUGCUGGUAACAACUGGGCCAAGGGUCACUACACCGAGGGUGCCGAGUUGGUCGACAACGUUGUCGAUGUUGUCCGCCGUGAGGCUGAGGCCUGUGACUGCCUCCAGGGUUUCCAGAUCACCCACUCUCUCGGUGGUGGUACCGGUGCCGGUAUGGGUACGCUCUUGAUCUCCAAGAUCCGUGAGGAGUUCCCCGACCGUAUGAUGGCCACCUUCUCCGUCGUUCCCUCCCCCAAGGUCUCCGAUACCGUUGUUGAGCCUUACAACGCCACCCUCUCCGUCCACCAGCUGGUUGAGCACUCCGACGAGACCUUCUGUAUCGAUAACGAGGCCUUGUACGACAUCUGCAUGCGUACCCUCAAGCUCAACAACCCCUCGUACGGUGACCUCAACUACCUGGUCUCUGCUGUCAUGUCCGGUGUCACCACCUGUCUCCGUUUCCCUGGUCAGCUCAACUCCGACCUCCGCAAGUUGGCCGUCAACAUGGUUCCCUUCCCUCGUCUCCACUUCUUCAUGGUUGGAUUCGCUCCUCUCACCAGCCGUGGCGCUCACUCUUUCCGUGCUGUCACCGUUCCCGAGUUGACCCAGCAGAUGUUCGACCCCAAGAACAUGAUGGCUGCUUCCGACUUCCGCAACGGACGCUACCUCACCUGCUCUGCCAUCUUCCGUGGUAAGGUCUCCAUGAAGGAGGUCGAGGACCAGAUGCGCAACAUCCAGCACAAGAACUCCACCUACUUCGUCGAGUGGAUCCCCAACAACAUCCAGACCGCUCUCUGCCACAUCCCCCCCAAGAACCUCAAGAUGUCUUCCACCUUCAUCGGAAACUCCACCUCCAUCCAGGAGCUCUUCAAGCGUGUCGGUGACCAGUUCAGCGCUAUGUUCCGUCGCAAGGCUUUCUUGCACUGGUACACUGGUGAGGGUAUGGACGAGAUGGAGUUCACUGAGGCUGAGAGCAACAUGAACGACUUGGUUUCCGAGUACCAGCAGUACCAGGACGCCUCCAUCUCCGAGGGUGAGGAGGAGUACCCCGAGGAGGAGGUCCUUGAGGGUGAGGAAUAA